CUUUGUUUUUAAGUCAAUUAAUAAUUUAAUUACAAAUUGUUAACAGAAUAAAAUCUGAUAAAAUUAUUUAAAAAUGGAUCUUAGAUGCCGCACGUGUUACAAAGUAAUUGAUGAAAAAAAAGGGUUAAAUAUAUUAACUGAACGACCCUAUCGAACUCACAAGGGAGAUUUAUCACUUGCAAACAUGUUAUUUGAGUGUACUUCCGUAAAUGCUUUAGAAGAGGAUCACAUUUCAAAAAUUAAAGAACGUAAAUUUAUGGUGUGUAGAGGCUGUAUAUCUGAUUUAAUUAAGAGUUAUUCUUUUCGUAUUCGAUGUUUAGAGUCUCAAAAAUUAUUUAAUAAAUAUAAUAAACCAAAUGCAAAUGAUACGGACGAUGCAAGGAAAAAUAAUUAUUCAGCAAUAUUUUUAAUUGAUACUGAUGAAUUUAAAGAUGAUGAACAAAUUAUGAAUUGUGGCAAUGAUCAAGUUUUGAAUUGCGACGAUAAUAAAGAAAAUUUUAAUGAAAAUACUACCGUUGAUGAAAACUCUCUCAAUAGUGACGAAGAAGAUGAAUAUUGCCUUGACAACGAAAAAGAUGAAAUAAAAAAAAUUAAUAAUUAUAUUAAAUUUUGUGCAAGGACUAGUGGAAUAAAAGAAGAAGAAAUACUUCGUAUUAUUGAUAACGAAACUCCAGAUGCCGGUGAAGUAGUCAUUAAAAAACCAAAAAAUUUACCGAUAAAAGAAGACAAUAAAAAAUUAGAUGCGAUAAAAGAAGACAAUAAAAAAUUAGAUGAAGAAAGUGCGAAAAAAGAAGAAAUCGACAAACAAGUAGCAGAAUAUUUAAGCAAAAAAGAAAAAGUUUUAUCUUCUACUACAACUUAA